GUCGACUGAAGAGCGUCACAUCAGAGCAGACCCUCUCUGACAGCCUCAGGUCUGCAGCAGGACUUCAGACUCUCCUCCAGGAUGAACAGAAGAACUCAGCAGGAAAUGGGUAAUUCAAUAUAUUCUAAUUUAGGAAAUUGAAGAAGAAGAAGAUGACUCUGUUAAUGCCUCAAGAGGCGCUGUGGAUUCAAAGAGAACCCGUCCAGGCCGGAGGUUUGUUCUUCUGAUAGCAGUGUGUUGGAUCGUACUGUUAGCCACCAUGGGUCUCCGUAUCUACUUGACCUCUGAACUUUCAGGAAACAAUGCCGAGCUGUACUCACGAAUCCAGGAGCUGGAGACACGGGAGAACAACUUGACACAGAAAAUACAAAACCUGACAGCAGGAGUCCAGGAGCUGACAACAAAAAACCAGGAGCUGGAGAAAAAGACGAAGAACUUGACACAGAAAAUACAAGACAUGACAACAAACUGGAAUGAGCUCAACGUCAGUCGAGCUCAGUGGAGCAUCGAUUCCUACUGCUUAGGAAACACCGAUGAUAAGUGUCAAGCUUGUCAGAAGGGCUGGUCACUCACUGAGCCCAGCUGCUAUGUGUAUAAUGACGCUGAGACUGAUAAUCAAAAAACCUGGGAAGAAGCUCAAGGAGACUGCAGAGGAAGGAAUUCAGAUCUGGCUGUUGCACAUGAUUCAGAGGAAAAGGAAGCAAUCAAGAAAAACAGUUUAGGAUCUAAUGAAUUCUGGAUUGGUCUGAGAGUUGAAGAUGGGAAAUGGAAGUGGGUGGAUGGAAGUGAUCUGUCUGAUAGCUCCUGGAUAGAUCCUCCUGCUGACGGUCACUGUGCAUUGUUUUACACGGGCAGAGACAUAUGGUACUCAGUGUUUUACACAAACAAAUGGUCAUCAGUGAGCUGUGGUGCAACACAUCAAUGGAUCUGCCAGCAGAAGGCUCUCUCUGUUUAAACAAGCAGUCAGACUAAGAAGGUUACUGGAAACUCUUUGAGAAACAGAUGAAUUACUUGUGAAUAAAAACAAAAUUCUAAACAAAAAAAUAAACAAAAACAAAAACAGGUUAAAAACCAGUAAUUCCAGAAACGUUUCUCAAACUGGAUACAAACAAUAAAACACAAAAGUUAACUCAUAAUGUGAAUUAUUUUAAAAUCGAUGUGCUUUCAGUUUGACUUCAUUUAUAUGGAGCUUGCUAAAUUAAUGCAAAUAUGUAUUUCUUUAACAUGUGAUGGUGUUUUUAUUAGAUAUGGAUGGUUAAAAUAGUUAAACUGUUUAGUGUGAAUAAUGUUAUUCUAUUGUGUUAGAGAUGCAACGCUUCAACUCUGCAGAUUAUUGCAAAGACUAUGGACCAUGUUAUUGUAUUGCUUCUACCGGCCAGCAGAGGGCGCUGCAUCACUUGAUCUCAAUACAAAGUUCCAGAGUCUGUUGAAUAACUAUUUUUCAAGAUUCAAAAGUUUAUCGUCAUGACAUUUAGAAACUACGGUGUGAUUAUGUAAUGUAUAAAACAUGUGAUCUCAGGUUCCUUAACAGUGCAAUUAACAAGACAUAAGAAAUACAUAUAAAAAACAACUAUACAAAUAGAAAUAGUGCAAGCUCAGGUGUUUAAUAGUCUGAUGGCCAGUGGGAUGAAACUGUCCCUGAUGCUAUUCUGAUGACGCACAGUUUAUGGAUGAUUUGUAUCUAUCUGUAUUUGUGUCUUUGAGCAAUGUCUUGUUUCACUCUGUUGUCUCCAGUGAAUAAAUGUGCUGCCACA